AUGGGUGCGGGCAAGGCAACUGUAUUAAAAAAAAACAAAAAAAUCACUUUUAAUGCGGAUGGUCAGACAGGAAUCAGUGAGGGUGAUAAGGAGGGGGAGAAGGGGGAAGAGAAGGAGAAAGAGAAGGAUAAAGAGAAGGAGGAGGAGGAGGAGGAGGAGGAUGAGGAGGAGGAGGAGGAGGAGGAGGAGGAGGAGGAACACCAACUCUCCUACUCCAGUCUAUUUUCAGGUAUGACGAGGCCGAAAUCAUGGCAAAGGGCGACAUCUGGGUAGUUUUCGAACUGUUUUUGUCAUUGUUUCCUCGUCCUCAAGCGAUAAAUGCAAUGAAAUUCUCACCGUAGGAUUGUCAAGACCUCGGGCAUUUCCAAGCACAGGGCAGGGACGAUGAAGUUAAUUGGACAACUUUACUGUGGCAGGGGAGCGUACUCGAAGCUCAACAAGCAGAUACAGCCAACGUUCUCAUCAUGAAAGUGACAGUCGAAGUGUCUGCGUCUGAGACUCGUUCGGCAGUAGACAACCAGUGAAGAGAGAAAUGCCGAUUGACGUCAUUACGUCGGUCAGACGCAGUGCAUGACAGGCGCGUUUGGGGGCCGGAGGCGAUAUGAGUAAAUGGCGGAUUUGACCGUUUCGCCGCCGGUUCGCUCAGCACGCUUGUCAUGCACUGCGUACGCGCGCGUGGCUCAACCAUCGCUUUGCCGACGCCAGGACAGCGAUCGAUUCUUCUGUACGCUUCGUGUACGCCUUCUUGUAGCUCUUAAGUGUGGCCAUAUUGACACGUAUACUUAUUUUGGAGGUAAAUAAGUUCUUUGGGUAAAGUAUAAAACAUCGUAAGGUAAAUUUCCGACACUGGUCUCCCAGGUCGUCGUCAAACUUAAGUAAUUGUGCAAAAGGCAGGUAGCAUUUCAAAUGUGCUUAAAACUCUGUAAUCAUUUGGUGUUAGUGCCAGUAAGCGGCAGCCGGGGUGUAGGGGUGUCAGCGGUGGGGUUCACGUAAUGGUCGUGGUGGUCGCUCACGUGCUUGCAGGUGAGACUGCGCCUAGCGUCACGGUGCGCUAAAAGCCGUGGCUUGGAAGGUUGCCAACUGACGGGGUAACUUGGACCUCCUCCUUCACUGGAGGCGGUCUGAGAGUCAGGCUGCAAUGGCUCCUUUUUAAUGUGGCCUUUAUGGCACUCCCAUCACAGUGUGGGAUCCGAGCCAGGCGUUGGCGGCACGCCCAGGUGCGGCUUCGGCCGUGCCAGCCUCCAAAUCUCUGUUGUGUUGGUUGAAAUCCUGGUUAUUUGUUGUGUGGAUCAGAGGGUGUGGUGGAACGCCAAGGUCAGGAUCCGUCCGAGCCAUCCACCUGCGGCCUCCCUCGUCUCCGGUCUUCUUGGCUCUGUCUUAACACCGGGCUCGGGCGAGGGAGGAGGAGAGAGUGUAGGUAGAUGCUACGCAAGUCUACCCGCACUAUAAACCCCGGCGUAAGUCACCGUCCCUUCUCCCAUUGCUGCUGCAACAGUGGGGCACACGGUGGACAUCAUCGAAACCGAUGGUCGAACUGUCAAGCGGCAGCCGUAUGCGUCGAUCUGACUACAAUAUUUCGAUCCAUGCUACGGCGUCCGAGGGGGAAGACACGCCCUGUAACCCUGGUCUAGUGGUGCAGACGAAUAGUAUGCGAGCUGGACUACUCAAUCUGGAGCGGACCCUAGGUAUUGAAUGUUGUAAUGUGCAUACAUUUCUGGACCCUGGUACCCAAAGUCUGACCGCGCGCAGCCUCAAUCAGUACAACAUGGAUGCUUGCUGUAUGUCUGAAUUUCAACUUCCUCGCUCAGGCUCUCAGGAAAUAAAGACUCCCUUGAGUCAAUCACACUUCACUCUGCACCACAGCGGCCCAUACGACUUUUCUUGUAGGCCCGGUGUGUCGAUCUCCCUUACGCAACUGGCAGAUCUCGCUUCAUUUGCCUGGGAACUAGUCAGUGACCGGAUGCCCUACAUGCGACUAAAGGGUCACUUUACGAACAUCUCCAUCGUCUUUGUGUACGUACCAACUUUAGCUGUCGAGCAGCGCGAUAAAGAGGCGUUUUACUCGCAGCUGCAGGCGUUAAAUGAAAGACUCGAUCGCCGCGAUCUGACGAUUGUUGCUAGGGAUUGGCAUGGUCGCACUGGACCUGGCGACUCCACAAAUAGUGUUCUUCUUGGCAGCUUUUGGAUUGAUUCCUGA